AGUGGUCACACUAUAUGUUAAGAAACGAUUGAAAAAUACAAUACAUUGAACAGGGAGCUUCUUUUGAACAGAAAACACAAUCACUUUUACAAUAGUAGAGUGACCUAAAAAUAACAGGAAUAAAAAAAGAAUAAUGUGCUCAGUCAACUUCCGCCCUGUCGUUUCCAUAGCAACCAUAAACUUUCCUGCACUCGGCCGUCCGCGCUCUCUUUUUUUCUAGUUUAACAUAUAACCCUUUGUAAGCAGGUUCACUCACGACUUGAACAAAAUGUCCUGGAAUCCAAACAACCACGGACUUCCGUUUUUACCGGGCUACACGUUUCGGGACAUUACGAAAACAGAGUUCCACCGACCCCAGACUCUGGAGUACAGGAAUGGCUUUGCUCUACCACGCCGCCCCCUGGUGGGUAUCGGUCAGGAGCCCCUGUUGUCUGAGCAGCUGAUCCAGCAGGAGAUGUCGGAGCUGUCCUUUGCGAGGCCCGGCAUCACUUACGGCUCGUUUGACAAGAGCCAGGCCGAGGAGUUUGUCCCAGCUCACGUUGCUCUGGACAAAAAAGUGCUGCGCUUCUUUGCCUACUUCCAGGAGGACGUCUUGUACGCCUCACAGGUGGAGAACCGUCUGCGCAAUGUGGUCAUGUACUAUUUCCUGGAGGAUGACAGCAUCAGUAUCUUCGAGCCCACGGUGGAGAAUUCCGGAAUCCCACAGGGGAAGAGACUGAAGCGGCAGCGUGUGCCCAAGAAUGACAGUGGCGAUCACUACCUGUGGAAGGACCUCAACAUUGGCAUGGACCUGGACGUGUACGGCGUCAAGUAUCACAUCACACAGUGCGACAGUUUCACGAAGAUUUUUUUGGAGAGCGAAGGCAUCCUGCUGAACGAUCCUGAGCCGAUGCCGAUGGUUUCUCACAGUAAAACACCAGAAAAGCCGGUGACGCCUCAAACAGCAACAGAUUUCGAUCGCAUGCUCCAGUUCCUCACGAUGGACAGGAAGGUGCUGCGCUUCUUCGCCUCAUGGGAGGACUCGGAUGGCGAGUGCCGACCCGUCACCAUCCACUAUUACCUGGUGGACAACACUGUGGAGAUCAGAGAGGACCACCAGCCCAACAGCGGCAGGGAUCGCUUUCCCGUGGUGCUGCGGCGGCAGAGGCUCCCCAAGAGGAUGAAGGCAGCGUCCGAAAACUUCCCUCGCUGUGUCCUGGAGCUUUCACCAGCCGAGGUGGACGAGUACUAUUCACCGAGAGACUUCCAGGUGGGCCAGAGCCUGGAGCUGCUGGGUCGCCGCUUCCUUCUGUGCAACUGUGACCACUUCACCAAAGAGUAUUACCAGAAGAAUCUGCCAGACAUCACAAUGCAAACCCUGGAAGUCCAGAAGACGGCGGACGUGCUCCAGGACAGGAAAAAGGAGGUUCCGCCCUACAACUACUUCGGCUCACUGGAGGACUCACUCCAGAACUGUUUGUCUCUGAUCCCGAAGCCGUCGAAGCGGAACGUGCAGAAGAUGCUGGAGAACGGCAAUAAGGUGUUGCGCUACACCGCUCAGCUGGACUCCCCCAAUCCAGAAGACGAAGGUCGACACUUCAUUCUGUCCUACUAUCUUUCAAAUGACAUGAUCGGCAUUUAUGAAAAACCCACCCGUAACUCCGGCAUCCUGGGCGGGAAGUUCCUGGAAAAGACUCGCGUUCCCAAGCCAGGUUGCUCCGUGGAGAACCCCGAGUUCUACUCACCAGCGGACUUUGCUAUUGGAUCCACUGUGGAGGUUUUCAGUCACCGCUUUGUGCUGACCGAUGCCGACCACUAUGUGCUGAAGUACUUGGAGUCCAUCUCUAAUGAGAUCCCCACUGAGACGCUCGAGUCGGUGCGCAACAAACUUGGAGUGACUCGGCCCAACACUCAGCCUGAUGAAGGAACUGGUGACGGCGAAUCGCAUUGAUUUUAGAGCUUGGUCACGCCCACUUUUCAUGUAUCGAGGACUAUCCAAUAAGAACGUCAAUAAACAGUGUUGUUCGAUGUCAGCGAGUCUGUGCUUCGUGAAUUACACCGCAGAA